CAGCUUGUCGUGCCUGCUGUGAUGGGCGUCGCGUGCAGCGAGAUCAGCUGUGGGCCUGACAUGACACGGAUGGAGGCUGAGAACAACGGGAAGCCCCUGCUGGUCCGUGAGGAGUCAUCUCUUAAUAUCCCAGCUAUUGCUGCUGCCCACGUUAUUAAGAGAUACGUUGCCCAGGCACCGGGUGAACUCUCCUUGGAGGUGGGAGACCUCGUGUGCGUCAUCGAUAUGCCGCCUCAGGAGCUGAGCCCCCGCUGGAGAGGCAAGCACGGCUUUCAGGUUGGAUUUUUCCCUGGUGAGUGUGUGGAGCUCAUUAACGGAAAAAUCCCGGAGUCUCUCAUCAAUUCGGUGCCAAAGCCAGUGCCAAAGAAGCGCGGCAAGCUCCUCACCUUCCUUCGUUCUGUGGUGAAGGCCCGGCCAAAGCAACGGAAAGAGCGGGAGGUGGAGAAGGAGAGGGUGUUCGGCCGUGACCUGGGAGAGCAUCUUCUCCACUCUGGUCGUGAUGUCCCCCAGGUCCUCCAGAGCUGCGCCGAGUUCAUCGAGCAGCAUGGCGUGGUGCAGGGGAUAUACCGCCUGUCCGGCGUGGCGUCCAACGUCCAGAGACUGCGCCAGGAAUUUGAGUCUGAGCAGGUUCCUGAGCUAACCGUCCGCGACGUUCACAGCGCGAGCUCCCUCUGCAAAAUGUACUUCAGGGAGCUCCCGACCCCCCUGCUGACCGACCAGCUGUACGACAAGUUCUCGGAUGCUGUUGGUGCCACUACGGAGGAGGAGCGGCUGGUCAGAAUGCGGGACGUCAUCCAGCAGCUGCCCGCUCCUCACUACAGGACCUUGGCGUAUCUGAUGAGACACUUGGCCUGUCUGGCUGGGCACUGCUCCACCACAAACAUGCAUGCGAAGAACUUAGCCAUUGUGUGGGCUCCAAACCUCUUAAGAUCACAGCAGAGCGAGUCUGCCUGCGCCAGUGGGAGAGCUGCCUGCACGGAACUGCAGACGCAGUCGUCUGUGGUGGAAUUCAUCAUCGACCACACAGACGUCCUCUUCUGCUCCACAUCUGGACCUGACAUCGCAGGUGGAGCAGGGCACAGUUCUCUCUCAGGGCCCCAGUCUGUGCAGGCGUCUUCUCCUGCCACAGAGCUGCUCAGCCUGGAGGAGGCGCAGGCACGGAGGCGAGGCCACAGCAGCUCUCCUGUGGUUGUGACUGAGAGCAGGGACAUAGAGGUGGAAGAAGGCCCCGCAGCUGUACGGGGGAAAUUCCACACAGUCAUCGACUUUCCAUCUGAAAGGUAA